UGAGGCCCUGAUCUCCUUAAGACAUCAGCAAAUAUUGAACGAGACUCGGUCCAAACUGAAACUCAUCUGUUGUCAUAUAGUCUCCAGCGAGGAGCAGAGAGAGAGAGGGAGAGAGGGAACACCAGUGGGCCUCCUGCAUUAGCCCCCAUACAGCUAGAGUUUAUACUUUGCAAACACAAAUGCUCAAGUUUGACGAGCUUAGGCUAAACCUUUUUCCACUCUCAACAAAUAUGCGGCUGUGUGAAAGAAAUGCAGUUUGGAAUGAAAAGGCCGGUGCCAGAUCUGAGCUGAAGAUCGGGGAAUGAGGUAAAACGAAGAGUCAGCCAACAUUUCAUAUGCCUCAGUCAUGUUGCGGGAUCCAUCGGCAGUAUUUCCGGCCUGUUUUGGACACAUAAGAAGGACGUUGUAUUGUAGAACUAGGCCAGCUUAUAGCUUUAAGUGUAUUCUCAAAUACUUAACCCACAUUAGCGGAAGUGCGAAUCUAAAAACAGAUACACAGCCAGAUACAAAUGCAAAAUGAACAGUCGCAUAUUCAAAGCAAUAACAAUGAGGCCAACUACUACUGCGUGUGUACAAUGAACAACUCUUGCGUCAUAAUUUCAGUGCUACUGUCUUGUUGUGAACGGAAUAUUUGUCACCGGAUUCUUUUCCCUCUCCCACAUUCUUCAUGAAAGAACUGGGCAGGACUCAACACUCAACACUCUGACUGUGGCAUUCUCCUAGUCAUUGAAACUCAUCUUGUGAGACUGGUAUGGCUAGUUUCACCCAGUUUGGCCUCUCCACCAAUCGCACGCCUUCAAAGUUGCCAUCAAGCAGGAAAGUGCACUCCACAGUUUGAGCUGCCCCGAGACUCGGCCUGUUUUUUUCUUUCCUCAUCAUCAUAGUUAAGAUGGUUGAGCUGCCUGUUGGAAAACUUGCUCUCGGUGCAAACUGAAUCAGAGCGAGGCUGCUCAGCCGAGCUCAGCUGAACAGGUAUCACUCAAGAUGGAGGUUAAGAAAAAGAACUUCCUGGAGAACUUGCGGCUGAAAACUAAGUUGCCUAAUCUGAAGAAGCCCGGUAAGAAGCCACUCGCCAAGCAGGGGAGGAAGCUGGCCCAACGCCGCAGCAUUUCUGUACCAGAUCUGAGCUUGGUGCCAGGUCAGACCACACAGAACGCCUUGCUGUCCACCGUCUCUGAUAACAUCUCCGUUGGCAUUUCUCCCCGUAUGAGUGACACUGAUUCUGUCGCAAGUGGCUCAGUCACCGAUGGACCGAUUUUCAGAAUGGACAGACUUAAUGACUCAUUUCCAGAAGUUACACCCAGGGUUCAUACAGUCUACGCAGCGGCAGCUAUGAACAGAAUAAGUGCACCAGCAGAUAUACUGGCCCUUUAUGAGGAAACUGAAUGCAUGAUUAAUUUUGAGAAAAGGGGAAACUUGCCUGAAGAUGCUUUGUAUGCACGGGUGAAUAAAGAAUUCAAGGGGAGUGGACAGAAAUCUACUGUGGACCCUUUUCCUGCACCAAGAUCUAUUUUUAACAACGUACAAGUCUAUCCACCAAGACCAGACCGUAUAGAGAGAGGGAGUGUCUCAGGUGAAGACACCUCAGGAGAGAGACUUCUCCCAGGUUCUCUGGCUGCAGCGCUGGCCAGAGCCCAUUCACUGGGAGAGCAAUCGACGCCAUACACAGAGAGAAGGGCCAAACCAAUUGAACAGAGGAAGGCAUUAUCUGAAAACAGGACUCCGCCGGUAACCAAAAGAACAGCUCUUCCACACAGCAUGUCUCUGACACUAGACACUCUGGGUGCUCCUUUGGAGAGUGCAGAUGGCACCUCGAUGGACUCCGCCUCUGGCACUCCCAGCGAGGAGCGAGUCAGUGGGCCCUGGGCAACGGACUCAGAGGAACUGGACCGCGAACUCUGGUUCCCCAUCCUGAUGAGACGGGUCUCCACAGAGGAGGCUCUGCGAGAGGAAACUCGGGACGAGGAGGCCCUGCAAGAAAUAGGAGAGAUGUCCAGUGAAACGUUCGAGUUCUUUGAAGAAAAUGUUCAAGACCCAUCGGACAACUCUCAGGCAGCAGGUCCUGAGGUGCAGGCACAUUUGUCGUUCCAGAGAUACCUCCUGACCAUAAAUCUAAAGCAGGGGAGGAACCUGGUCAUCAAACACAAGCGCUCAGGUACCAGUGAUCCAUAUGUGAAGUUCAAACUUGAAGGAAAGCAGUUCUACAAAAGCAAAGUGGUUUAUAAAAACCUGAACCCACGGUGGAACGAGUCCUUCUCUCAUCCUCUGCGAGAUCGAGAGCACCUUGUGGAAGUUCGAGUCUAUGAUAAAAAUCGGACUGCUGACGAGUUCAUGGGUUCCAGCUCUAUUUCUCUGAAAAAUCUGGAAUUGUACAAAACCUAUGAAAUGGAGUUGCAUCUUGAUGAUCCUAAAAGUAAAGGGGAUGACCUCGGAGUGGUUGUUGUUGACGUCUGCUUAAUGUUUCGAGAUGCCACCAUCAAGAGAAGCCCGAGAUGGCCACAAAGAAAGAAUAAGCAGAACCAGGCCGCAGCAUCCCAGCGGUCGGCGGAACCACAGAGGACUCAGCCGAAGAACCAGAUGUGGAGCGGGAUGCUCAGUAUCACCUUGGUGGAGGGACAGGACCUGCCGCAGUACGGCCAUGGGGACAUUUAUGUCCGCUUUCGCCUUGGUGAUCAGAAGUACAAGAGCAAGAACCUUUGCAUUCAGGCCAAUCCCCAGUGGAGAGAACAGUUUGACUUCAAUCAGUUUGACGAUAACCAGGAACCUCUGCAGGUGGAGGUGUCCUGGAAAAGAGGGAGGAAGGGUGAGGAAUCAUGGGGGAUGUUUGAGGUUGACCUAUCGGGACUCUCAUUUAAUGAGAGGCACCUCUACACUCAUGUGCUGAACCCAGGAAAGGGCAGGGUAGUGUUUCUGGUCACCCUGCGACCUUGCUGGGGAGUCUCCAUCUCUGACAUUGAAAUUGCUGCCUUGGAGAAGCCUGAUGAGAGACACACAAUAGUGGAGAGAUUUAGCUUGAAGAACUCGCACAAAUGUGUGGGGGAGGUUGGCUUCCUUCAGGUCAAAGUUAUAAAGGCCAAUGAUCUCCCUCCAACAGACCUCAAUGGAAAAAGCAACCCCUUAUGUGUUAUUGAGCUCGGUAACAGUAAACUUCAAACUCACACAAUCUACAAGACCGUCAAUCCUGAGUGGAACAAAGCCCUUACAUUCCCAAUCAAAGACAUUCAUGAUGUGAUGGAACUGACUGUCCUUGAUGAAAAUGGAGACAAAACCCCAAUAUGUUUGGGGAAAGUGGCAAUUCCUUUAUUGAGUGUUCAGAAUGGGCAGCAGAUAUGUCCUUUCUUGAAGAAGGAAGACUUGGGAAGGGCAUCCAAAGGAACCAUCACACUGGUGCUGGACGUUAUCUAUAAUAAAGUCCGGGCUGGUGUCAGAACCUUCCAACCAGAGGAGACAAAAUUAAUGGAGGAAAACCUGAAGUUCUCCAAAAAGGUUCUUGCCCGGAAUAUAUAUCGGGUUCGAAAAAUCAGCACAGCAGUUCUGUACACGUUACAGUACAUUAAAAGCUGUUUUCAAUGGGAGAGCACACAACGCAGUCUAAUAGCCUUUCUGAUCUUCCUCGUGACAGUGUGGCACUGGGAGCUCUUCAUGCUGCCCCUCUUCCUGCUCCUGCUCAUCGGCUGGAACUACUUUCAGCUCUCUGCGGGGAAGGCCAGCUCCAACCAGGACCUGGUGAACAUGAGCAUGGGUGACGACGAAGAGGAAGAAGAGAAGGAAUCUGGAAAAAAGGGUUUGAUGGAUAAGAUACAUAUGGUGCAGGAAGUCGUGCUGGUCGUCCAGAAUGUUUUGGACGAAAUCUCAAACAUCGGAGAGCGAUUCAAGAACAUAUUCAACUGGUCUGUCCCCUUCAUGUCAUGCCUGACCUGCCUGGUGCUGUCUGUGUCAACGGCGCUGUUGUAUUUCGUCCCACUGCGAUAUAUUGUGCUGAUAUGGGGCGUUAACAAAUUUACCAAGAAGCUGCGCAACCCAUAUACUAUUGACAAUAAUGAAAUACUGGAUUUCCUCAAGAGGGUGCCUUCUGAUGUUCAAAAGGUGCAGUACAGCGUGCUGAGAGCGCCCACCAGCCAGAGCCAGCCACGGAGGAAAAGGUAGGCUCGGCGGACACGCUGGAUGAAAGCCUGCUCUCCUUUUGAAUAUGGUACGCCGCGCUCUACCUGACAACAAUGCUCCAGCACUAGCAGAGCCCAUGACCCCGUGCACCCCACCAUACCACCCUAACUCUGCCCCCUGCUGCUGAGGGGCAGACAGCCGCACUCUGGCUUGUGUGUUUGCCACUCCCCUGACAGGGGCUGUGAACUGCAGCAGCUAGGAGGGAAGCACAUGGUGCUGUCAAUCACAACCCUGGAGGUAAAGAAAAGAGCGCUGCCAGGCGCAGCCUUCAUCUUUGGAUAUGAUUUAGAAAAGGAAUGAAAAGCGUCGGUUUUAGUUUACCUUCAACUUCCACUGUUUUGACUUUUUUUGACUUUGGUGAAACAGAAAUUUGCCUUAAGGUUAUGGGAAAGAAACCAUGGCAGUUUCUUUAUAUCCACAUGUUAAUAUAGUUAAAGGAUAAAAAUCAUAGAAUACAUAUCAUUGAUAUUUGAAUUACAAGGGAGAAUCAAUGUUUUGUUGCACAUAUUAGGACAGUACUGAAUUAUAUUAUACUUGUCUUGGUAAGGUUUUAUUGUAUAUAACAUAAUGCUGUAAGAUUUCUUUAUUGGAUUUCAGCAUAUAUAGAAAUGUAUUUAUAUGUGUAUUAUCUCUGGUUGACCUUUUUUUAUAUACAUUUUCUAAGUGUUAUUUUUUCCCUCAUGUUCAGCUGAUUAAUUUGACAGUUUAUUUUUACUCAACAUCAUGUCUGCAGCAUCAAAUGGAGCAUUUGCAAGAAUCCUAAAUAAAGAAUCAUGAUCAGUG